GUGACACCAGUCGGUCACGUGCUCGUGACGUCGCUUGGAAAGAUGGCCACCUCCAUUGAGGCAACGCUGCUUCGUUAGAGCUGUUCAAAUAUUUACUGUAUUUAAAAUAAAAACUGUUUUUAUUCAGCGGAGUUUCGCAACGAGCUGUGGCCGAAGAUGAAGACCUUCUGUGGGAGAGCUAACCCGACCACCGGAGCUCUGGACUGGGUGGAGGAGAGCGAGGAGUACGACUACCACCAGGAGAUCGCCAGGUCCUGUUACGCAGAUAUGCUUCACGACCACGACAGGAAUGAGAAAUACUACCAGGGCAUCCGGGCAGCUGUAGCCAGAGUUAAAGCCCGUGGUGAGAAGGUCAUCGUCCUGGACAUCGGGACAGGAACGGGCCUCCUGUCCAUGAUGGCUGUCACUGCCGGGGCUGACUUCUGCUACGCCGUGGAGGUCUUUAAGCCCAUGGCGGAGGCGGCAAAGUGCAUCGUGAAGAAGAACGGCUUCUCUGAAAAGAUUCAGAUUAUCAACAAACACUCCACUGACGUCACCGUGGGUCCAGAUGGAGAUAUGCAGACGAAGGCCAACGUUCUGAUCACAGAGCUGUUUGAUACAGAGCUGAUCGGUGAAGGAGCUCUGCCGAGCUAUGAACACGCUCACCUAAACCUGGUCCAGGAGGGUUGUGAGGCGGUCCCUCACCGGGCCACCGUCUACGCCCAGCUGGUGGAGUCGGAGCUGCUGUGGAGCUGGGCUCAGCUGCAGUCGGUGGAGGUGGAGGGUGCCCGGAUGGUCCCGCCGCCCGAUGUCGGCCGCUGUGCCGGAGCUCAUUCGGUGUGCGACAUCCAGCUGAGCCAGGUGUCUCCUCGCAGCUUCACCCCGCUGGGUCCUCUCUGCACCAUGUUCAGCGUUGAUUUCAGUAAACCAGUGAGCAGCGCUCUCCAGUCUCACUCCUCCAAGUUUGCGGCUCAGUCCGACGGGCGCGCUCAGGUCGUCCUGUCCUGGUGGGACCUCGACAUGGAUCCCAGUGGAAGCAUCGUGUGCACCAUGGCUCCCAGCUGGACGUACCCAGAGCCAAAGACAGCUCCGUGGCGUGAUCACUGGAUGCAGAGCGUUUACUUCCUGCCUGCAGAGAUCCGAGUGACGGAGGGAGACGAGCUGAGUCUGACGGUCUGCCAUGAUGACUACAGCCUGUGGUACAGCCUGCAGUCUGACAGCCAACAGGACCCUCAGACCGAGGCUCCCCCCUCUCGGCCUUGUUGUACCUGUCAGGCUCACCUGGUUUGGACUCGGCCACGCUUUGGCGAACUCAACGACAGGCGGCGUACAGCGAGCUACGUCAGCGCGCUGCGCAGCGUCCUGAGGGAGGACAGCGUCUGUCUUGGCGUCAGCGAUGGAAGUCUGCUUCCUGUGUUUGCUCACAUGCUUGGCGCCAAAAAGGUCUACGGAUUGGAAAACUCCCGAAUGUCCAAACAGGUUAUUGAGCAGGUGUUGGAAGCCAACUCCAUUAAAGGUGGUGUCCAGCUGUUGGAGAUCAGGCCUGAGCAGCUGACCAGUAAUGAUCUCGGAGGGGAACAGAUCUCAGUCCUGAUGGGUGAACCGUUCUUCAGCACCAGCCUCUUACCCUGGCACUCCCUGUCUUUCUGGUACUGUCGGACUGCCCUGGCAGGUCUUCUCCGGCCCAACGCCACCAUCCUGCCGUGCUCUGCCACACUUCACGUGAUGGCUGUAGAGUUCCAGGACUUGUGGAGGAUACGAGCGCCGUGUGGAACAUGUGAAGGCUUUGAUGUCACGCCAAUGGAUGAAAUGGUCCAGCGAUCUCUGGAUUUCCACGAGUCCCGUGAAGCAGAGCCCCACCCUCUCUGGGAGUACCCGUGCCGUGCCCUGACCCGGUCCACAGCCGUCAUGACUUUUGACUUCACGCAGUGUGUCCCUCAGGAGCCAAUCACCAGUCAGGGAUCACUGCCUUUAAUUAGGAUUGGUCGUUGCCAUGGCGUUGCGUUGUGGAUGGAGUAUCACCUAACUGAUGACAUCACUGUCAGCGCAGGUCUGAUCGGACCAAUCAGCGAGCAGGGCGAGUGCGAGUGGAGUCGACACCGGAAACAGGGAGUGUAUUUUCUCAGGUCGCCGUGGGAGAGCUCAGGUGACGGCAGAGCCUCGGUGGCUUACAGCUUCACCUUUGAACCCGGCUCAGGUGACAUUAAGAUGGACUUCAACGUCGAUUCUCAGUGAUGAGACAGACUCUUUUUACCUCACGUUUGAACAUUUUUGGGUAUAUAUUUAACGUGUGUGUGUGAUUCAGCUGACCAGAAGUUUUAAGACUGUCUAGCACAUUUUAGAAUGUUACCAGUGCUUAAUAAAACAUUAACGGCUCCCUAUGAGCAUCUAGUAUUCAGUAGUGCUGCAAUAUAUAAUUAACCAAUUAAAUCCAUCACAUCGGAGGUAGAUGUGAGUUUAUUGGAGGUUUUGUAGAUGAACAGGUCACCUGUCUAACAAAGCUAAAUGUUUUUUAAAUCACUAUUAUUAUUAUUUCAAAGACUGUUUAUGUCAGAUGCUGCUCAUUGUCGAAAGUGAUGGAAUAACGUGGCCUAAGUCAAUGAAAUAAAUGGGAUGCCUUUAAAGCAA